UCAAAAGUCCAUGAAGAGUUUAAAAAUACGCCGGUUAGAAGACCGUAUUCAUCUUUAUAAUCUUCCUCUUUCUGGAGGAGAAGACCCUGGAAAUUUCCUCAUGGCUUACGUCGAAGGAGGUGUUGUGAAAUCAAAGCGGUCAAUAUGGCGACUGAGAACUAUCACUGAUUUUUUCUGGGCGGUUAUCAAUUUCAUCGGAGUGUUCUUCUCAACCAUGUUCUCGAUGGAGAAGUCUGAUGCCUAUAGAAAAGGUGUUGGUUCAAGCAAGAAAUGGGAUGGUGGUCCAGGUGGACCUGGGAGUGGACCAUAUGGCGGUGGCCCACGACGACCACCGCGUGGACUAGACAAUGUUCGGGGAAUUGACCAUAGUUCCCUUCCUGCCUGUGGCUCUUGCUGCGGUGGCUAACUGCAGCACAGCAUAUAUCUUGUGCCUACACGGUUAUUAUCCGAUGUCCUCUUAU